AUGUUGCCGUUGCCUCGACUCCCUCUACAGGCGAAAGGUGUACGUACUACGACCCUCCGCUCACUUGGGCCAGAUCUUUCAAGUUCUGCCUCUUACCUCUUUGUACGACGUUCUAAACAAUUUGGCUUGCCCUCCCGCGCCAUCCUCAUAAGUUCAUUUUCUCGGAGAGCCCAGUCUACGGCAACCCAGCCUCCGAAGAUCAUUGCGAGUCCCGAUGCACCUCCCAACGAGCCAUCCUCAGACCGAUCAGACGCACAGCCUCUGAAGACACAAGAGGAGGAUCCUGCACACGUCGAUUGGUCAAAGUCAUUCCAUGGGCUUUCUGCAGAGCCGUUCUCAAAAGAAGCGGCCGAUGUUCUCAUGGCGCCACUGAGCCCAGAUGAUGUGGAGAUAAAACCAGACGGCAUCAUCUAUCUGCCAGAGAUAAAAUACAGACGAAUACUGAAUAGAGCUUUUGGGCCUGGAGGAUGGGGCCUCGCGCCGAGGGGAGACACCAUCGUCACCGAUAAGGCAGUCACCCGAGAAUAUGCAUUACUUGCACACGGACGACUGGUGUCUAUAGCGCGAGGAGAGCAAGACUACUUCAACAAGGAUGGCAUACCGACUGCUUCUGAAGGGUGUAAAUCCAAUGCCAUGAUGCGGUGUUGCAAAGACCUCGGAGUUGCCAGCGAGCUCUGGGACCCGCGAUUCAUCCGAAAGUGGAAGGCAGAAUAUGCUAGGGAUGUCUUUGUAGAGCACCAAGGGACUAAGAAGCGGACGAAGAUAUGGUUGCGCAAGGGCGACCCAGUAUCGUAUCCAUAUGCGGAGAUCAAGAGAUGA